AGAACCGCCCUGCAUCAGUCUGAGAGCACUCCUCUGUUUGGGAGAGCAGGCAGUGAGCACUUCCCAAAAAACUUCACACAACUUUUGCCACCAUACUGACUGGACGACCGUUACGCUCCACUUUUUUUUUUUUUAGCAUCUAUGAAGCUGCAGGAUAUGUUUAAAUAAGGACAAUAAGCGCACUGAGAGCUUUAUGGACCAAUGAUGAAUUCAAAUGUGAUCAUCCUGAGGCGGCUGUUUUAGGAUGCCAGUCCCCUGAGUCCAGUGCUGUGGCGCCCUCUGCCGUUUGAGCGAGGGAACUGGGUGGUGGUGGGGGGUGAAGAGGCAGCAUGGGUACCCAGCCGGAAGAAGGUAUGAACAUGGUCAUCGUGAACCAUUACAACAACUCAGGCAAGUGGGAACGGACCCGUGGCGGCGGCCCCUGCAAGACAGCGGUGCUGCUGCUCAUCUGCGUGCUGAUCGUUCUGGAGAACCUGACGGUGCUGCUGGCCCUGUGGAGGAACAAGCGUUUCCACAGCCGCAUGUAUUUCCUCAUCGGCAACCUGGCGCUGUCCGACCUGCUGGCCGGCGUGGCUUACGUGGUCAACAUCUUCACCUCGGGGAGCAGGACCUACUUCCUGACGCCAGCUCAGUGGCUGGCCCGGGAGGGGAGCAUGUUCGUGGCCCUCAGCGCAUCCACCUUCAGCCUCCUGGCCAUUGGGAUAGAGCGCCACAUGACCAUGGUGCGUCUUCGCCCGUGCGAGACGGCCAGCCGCGGUCGUCUCCUGGGCCUCUUGGCGGCUUGCUGGCUGGUGUCGGUGCUGCUCAGCGCCCUGCCCAGCCUGGGCUGGAACUGCUUGGACGACCUGGACUCGUGCUCCACGGUCCUGCCGCUGUACGCCAAGAGCUACGUGGCGUUCUGCAUCAGCGUCUUCAGCGCCCUGCUGGUGGCCAUCGUCAUCCUCUACAUCCGGAUCUAUCGCCUGGUGACGUCCAGCGGGCGCAGGGUGAGCAGCCGACCUUCCGAGUGCUCCCUGGCCUUGCUGAGGACCGUGGUGAUCGUUCUCGGGGUGUUUGUGGUGUGCUGGGCGCCCCUCUUCAUGCUGCUGCUUCUGGACGUGGGCUGCAGCCGCAACGGGUGCGCCGUUCUCUACGAGGUGGACUGGUUCAUCGCCUUGGCCGUGCUCAACUCGGCCCUCAACCCUCUCAUCUACACGUUGUCCAGCAGGGAGAUGAGGGCCGCCUUCUUCCGCCUGCUCUGCUGCUGCCAGAGUGGCGCCGAGUCCACCGGGACGCCCGCGGCGGGUAGCCCCAACCUGGGCACGGCGGGGCCCACGGCGGAGAACAGCAAGAGCAGCAUGGGAGGAGGAGGAAAGGCCACCUUGAACAAAGGGGUCAAUGCGGAUGAGAAGCGCGGUGAUCCCGCCGCCACCGCGCUGCCUCACCCGGCGGGACCCGCUGAGCUGCUGUCCGCCGUGCUGGUGAAGGCCGGGGCCCUUGGAAAGUUCUGACAGAAAGAAAGUCCAGAACAUUAGGCACACUAGCUAAUGCAAUAUUUCCUAACCUUGAGUAAGGCACAUAUUUUACAGGCGGAAAAAUACAUCCAACAAAAAUGGCACAAAAAGAAAUAUAACUUCUGGAUUCAAAUUCAACGUAUUUUAAAAAUAUAUAUAUUUAUGACAACCAAAUCUAUAAUGUGGCCCAGUUCCAGCGAUAAAAAUGUGUUCACCUUGGGGGCCUUUUAUUUCUUAAUUAUUUGAUCCAGCUUUUGCAUUAGACACAGUGUUCCUAAUAUUACGGCUGCUGAGAGGCUCACAAUGCACUAUGGUCAGUUUGAUUUGGAUGAGGAUAAAAUGAAUCCAGAUUCUAGACUAAUGAAAGCCACUAUGUACAACAAAUGUAAACUUUAACGUGUUUGUAUUUAAAAUGUUUCAUGGACUAAAAGAAGAAAAAAAAAAAAGAAGCGUUUCCAGCUUGUGUUGAGGCUGUUUGAUUUUUUUAAAUGUAGAAUUUAGUUAGGCACUUUUUGUUUGCUCGUUUUGCAUGUGCUAUAUGCAACCCGGCAGCCCCGCCCACCAACACACACACAACUUGAUUGGUAUAUUUUCUGUGAAAACGUUUGUUGCACUCACCCGAGGUGGAUUUUGUGCUCUAUGUGCAUAACAGCCACCAUGGUACUGGGAUUGUAAAUGGGAUGAUUCGAGUCAGGAAGAUUUAAGAAAUGUAUUUUUAUUUUCUAAUGAGGGGGAUGAGUUCUGCUCUUGGAGCUUUACCACUACUGGUGCAACAACCACAUUUGUCCUGAUGGUGGCGGUAGAGCGCCACCUUUUGAUGCGCUCUCAUUAGACAUUUUGUCAAUUAUCUUGUGACCAAGUUUCUUCAUCAGCAUAUCUAGAAACCACUCGGACAUCAACUAACCACUAGUAGUGAUUAGCAGUGCUGGAUGCAAAUGAUUUCAUUGUGGUAGUCUGGUUCCAUGAUCUAGUCAAUAAAAUAAAUAGCUGAUGUUUGUCAGA